UCUAUGGAAACCCGCAGAACAUACCCGCUGGAGUUACGCCUACGUCCCCAGCACCCAGGGGCGGCACGAAGCCUCAAUGGACGAGACGUUUGGGUGCUACAUCUACGGCCACGACCCUGCUCUGAUAAACGGUUAUGUGGCCAUUGCUGGGUUCAUCCUCUCACCGCUAAGUGAUCCCAAAGCUAACCAAACGGUGAUGAAAGCUGGCGAUCUGCUAGACAACGACGCCGAUGCUUUUGUUGACGAGGAACAGGCUAAUGGGAUAGACGACGACGGCGAUGGUCGAAUCGAUGAAGAUUUGGGGAUGCCUAAAAGUAUCCAUGGCGGUUGGAGUGAGUGGACAGACAUAUCGUGUGUAGGGGAGUGUGGCUAUGGGGUCUUGGCAAAAACCAGGAAAUGUGACAACCCCGCCCCACAGGGUAAAGGGCGUCAGUGUGUGGGUCAAGCGACUAGUGGGGACAUGGAGAGAUGCUGGACUGGUCACACCUGCCCUCAAGAUUGUCCAUAUGGUUCCUACCUCAUGGACUGUGUCGGUGACUGCUCCAACUGUGAACAUGAUUGUGACAAGUUUAACGGUUCCUGUGACAGGUGUAAGUUAGGAUGGAUGGAUCCGUUACAUGCCUGUACUACAGGUAAACUGGAGCUUUGA